AUGGAUGGCAACAACCAAGUUUACCCACUAGCAUAUACCAUAGUGGACAAUGAAACUGAUCGAGCUUGGAAAUGGUUUAUGUCGAACUUGAAGUGUGUCAUUGGAGAACCCUCUAACUUGGUGUUCAUGUUCGAUCGAGCAGAUAGUACGAUUGUUGGGAUCUUCAAGGAUGCAGCCAGGGUAUUUCGCAUGUCAGAGUUCCAAGCACACUGGGACCAACUACGUACUUUUCAAAAUGGUGCAGUAUUGAAAUAUUUGAAGGAUAUUGGUCUUGAAAGGUGGGUGUGUGUUUACCAAACAGAACAAAGAUACGAUAAUAUGACAUCCAAUAGUGCUGAGUGUUUCAAUUCAUUGACCAAAGAAUAUCGACAACUGCCUAUAAUGUGUUUAUUAGAACAUGUUCGAGGCCUCAUCCAGUCAUGGUUUUAUGAAUGGAGAAAUUAUUGGGCAUCUCGAAUGACAUCACACUCGAACUACUGUGAAAAUCGAUUAACAACUGAGUGUGACAAGGGCAGACGAUAUCGAGUUGAGCUGAUUGAUUGUUAUAGGAUCCAUGUGCGAGACAAUCGAUUGGACAGUAUUGGGAACCUCCAUACGAAGGAAUGCACAUGCAAGGAAUUUGACUCACUCGGUAUCCUAUGUUCGCAUGCAAUUGUGACUGCACGAGAACGAAACAUCCCCAUCCAUGCUUUGUGCAGUCCAUUCUAUAGCGUUGACUUCCUCAUGGUUGUUUAUGCAGAGCCCGUAAAUCCACUCGGUCACAUAUUUGAAUGGAAGAGACCUUCGGGAUAUGUGGAAAAGCAUAUUGCACCUCCUAGAAGAGUGGUAUAG